AACAGCUGUUAAAAAACGAUUGCGUUCGUGUCGUCGGUAUUGGACUUACGCUGUUUUAAAAAAAAAAAACAUCGAUGGAUGGAUGGAGGGAAAAACAUAUUUUCAGUUUUAGGUCACUGAGAGAAAUAAUAAAUUAUGGCACAGGCGUAUCUGAUGUGGGAAUUUUUAAGAGUGAAAUCAUUGUACUUUAGAGAUAGAGAGUUUAGUUAAAAUGCAGUGAUUUCAGUUUCGUGUACGUAACACGUGCAACCCGGAUAUUUUACGGGAUUUUUUUUCCAAGCGCUCGUGUUGUGUUGAUGUGUUUAAUUCACAUAUUGAUCAUUUUCAAUUGAACGGCCACACGACCAGUUGCCUCGGUGUAGUGGCUCGUCCACAUCAUCGGUUGAUAUUUUUGUUCCACGUUGACACAAACAAUUUCUGUAUACCCGGCGUGAAAUGAGAACCAGGCGAGUGUUUUUGGACUGAAAGCGAGUUCCGGGGAAUUAAGGUGGCGAAAAAUGGCAUCGGAUGCUACCGGGGAAAGUGUUCAAACCACGGCGUGUGACGCUACGGAUAAGGAAAAUGGAGUGAUUCCCAAGAAACCAGAUUCGGAGAAGGAGGUGUCAAAGGAAAAAGAUGGAGAGAAAGGUGAAACAGAAGGUCUGGUAAUGGACUCUUUGAGGUCUCCAAGGCAAACCCGUGUGCGUCGCAUCUCAGCGGAGCUCAGACUAUCUGCAAGCUCCAGUGUGGAAAACUUCAAAAAGGCUGGCAAGGGACUCUCGUCCGGGCUGUAUAACGUCGCCAACAAGCUACCGGUGCCAAGAUCACUCCAACGGCGCAGCCGAAGCUACGAAAACCUAGAGGAGAACAGUCUCCUCCAUCCGGACACCCCGAAGAAAGCAGACGGAGGCGAUGGGGAUAUAAGAAAGAGCAAAUCUACGGAGAAUUUAAAGAAGAUUAAAGACGAGAAGGAGGAUGGGAGUCGUGGGGAUAAGCGAUUCUUGCGGAGAAAGUGGGAGGCAAGGAAGAACAGACAGCAACAAGAGAAUAAAAACGACUGCGAGAAAGCGGAGAAGACUAGUGCUGAGGAUACUGUCAGUGAUGACGCACAUGCGCUAGAAGACGAUGGGUUGGCUGUAGACUCCAUUCCAGUCGUUUUUGAGCCUCUUACACUAGGACAGCGCCCUCUGACGCCCACUGUCACCAUUUGCCUUACGGAUGAUGAAAAUAGAAACACUAACCCAUUUCUAGAUUGAGAAAUGAUAGGUUGGACUGAUCAGGGCCCAAUUUCAUAGAGCUGCUUAAGCAGAAAACAAUGUGCUUUGCAAGUUCCAAUGCUUACACACUUUAAGAAAUUAGGCCCGCAUUCUAUAGAUCUGUUAAGCAAAAAAAAAACUGCUUUGCUAAGCCAGGUUCGGCACCACCUGAAACAUUGUUCACUUUAUUGAAUUUUGGUUGGUAACAAGCUUUUUAUGUGCUAAGCAAGAUUUUAUGGUUACAUUCUUGAAGAAAUUGAGCACAGGGCCCAAUUUCAUAGAGCCGCUAAGCAAAAAAUGAGUUGGGCACCUGUUGCAACCAAGUUAACGUAGGUCGGUACACGUAUAAUUGUUUUAACAAUUUUAAAAUAACAAUUAUUCUCACUUGGUGUAUCCCACAAACCAGUUUGUGGAAAUUUUGACUCAAAUGGUCAUCAAACUUGCAAGAGAAAAACACCCUUGUUGCAUUACUAUGUGUGUUUUCAGCUGCAUAAUACAAGGCUUCAAUUUCUCUCUGAAGGGUUUAACUUUUCAGAGAUGUUUUGUGCAAUAGCAGUAUCCUUUUUCUGUUGUUUUAUGCCUGCAGAGAAAUGACAUUUUAUUAGUUAUAUUUAAAAAUAAAAUUUCUUCUAUUGGUGCUGGUAAAGUCUUCUAUAAAAAUUGUUAUUAUAAAUCUACAUGAACUUGUUACUAAUUUAAUAUUUUAUUUUGCAUAACCAUUAUUGUAAGUUGUUGGGUACCCUGUACAUACGGUGAUGACAAUAGCAGUUAAUCUCAUUUCCUAUAGAGGAACUCGACUACCUUUUCCAUCUAGCAAAGGUUUUGGGUUAUUUUGUUGAAUUGAAAAAUGUAGUCACACCUCAACGUACAAUUCAUUCAAAAUGAAACAUUUAUUGUACAAUAUAUUUUUAAUACUAUAUUCAAAAAAGCUUUUACAAUCAUUAUCCUCUUUUUUUUUUUCAGUGACUGUUUUCUGAAAUAGUGUAAGAAAAAAUAAAUGACCAUUAAAACAAGUGUUGCAUCACAAAACUACUGAUCUUCAACAAUGAGCACCUUUGAGGGGCACACAUUAAGCAGACUACUAACCAGAAACGUUCAUGCGCAGUGUCGCGCUCACCCAAACAACUCAUUCGGAAGCCUAGUCAACUAUCAGUAACACAGUUUUCAACAGUCCAUUGCCCUCGGCGUUUUCCCCUACAGUGUCACUAGUGUCCAUGCGCUUUAGACAUGUUAGCAUGGAACAGGCUAUCGGGACCACAGAAGAAACCAUGGUCAUGAGGCUGGUUCCAAAUGGUGACCACAGCAGUCAACCGUUGGUCGACCAGCCUGGAUUUGAGUCAUAAUGGUUAACAUUUAGUUAACUAUGGUGCACACUCGAACUUGCUCUAUACUGCUCCGAUGGUACCACACGGCCACUUUGCCAAUCCCAUUUAAUGAAGAAGUUACAAUGGGAGACUUUUGAACGCUAGGUGGCAGCAGACUUACCAGGUAAAUUUCCAUUGUUUACGUAGUUCU